CUUUAUCCUAAACCAUUUCAUCCAAAUUAACCACCAAAUCCUUCUCUACCAACAUGGAAAUGUCGUUAAUCGGAAGUUCUCCGGCCAAGUUUGCGAUCAGCAGAAGAUAUUUGUUUCAAUUGAGCAAUAACAAUAACAAGAAUCUGAUGAUGAUCUGUUCGUCUGCCACCAAGUCCCAGAUUGGUUUUGGUCAUAUUAUCAGAUGCCCUCAUCUUUCUCUUAGGGUUACUGCUCAAUCUCAAUCUACUAUAUUCACCAAAGCUUCUGAUCGUAACACCAUAACCAAUCCUAAAGAUGGUGUUAAAAUAUAUGUUGGAUUGCCAAUGGAUUCUGUGUCUGAUUGCAAUGGAAUUAACCAUUCAAGAGCAGUAGCAGCAGGACUUAAGGCUUUAAAGCUAUUAGGAGUUGAAGGUGUAGAGCUCCCAAUUUGGUGGGGAGUGGCAGAGAAAGAAGCUAUGGGGAAAUAUGAAUGGUCAGGCUACCUUACUCUUGUAGAGAUGAUUCAGAAAGUGGGCCUAAAGCUCCAUGUUUCUCUCUGCUUCCAUGGCUCCAAAGAGGAAAACAUUCCCCUCCCCAAAUGGGUUUCUGAAAUUGGGGAAUCUCAACCAGAUAUCUUCUUUACUGACCACUCAGGACAGCAUUAUAAAGACUGUCUGUCUUUUGGUGUUGAUGAUCUUCCCGUUUUUGAUGGCAAAACCGCAAUGCAAGUAUACGAAGGAUUUGUGGAGAGCUUCAAGACUUCCUUCUCCCCAUUUAUGGGUUCCACAAUCACGGGCAUAACAAUUGGAAUGGGACCAGAUGGUGAGCUUCGGUAUUCCUUUUCAAGUCCGGAACUACUACUUGCAGAUAUUAGAACUGCUUGCAGAAACCAUGGUGUUGAGAUUUGUGGUCAAAACUUGAACAUUGGCGGCACCCCCAAGAGUUUCGAACAAAUUAAGAAGAAUUUGGCAGGUGGGAAUGGUAUCGACCUGUUUCUUUACCAGAGAAUGGGUGCGGAGUUCUUUUCGCCAAAAAACUUCCCUUUGUUUUCGGGUUUCGUUAGGAGUUUAAACCAACUGGAACUGGAUUCAGAUGACUUGGCUGUAAAUGAGAGAGAAGCUGCUGUAUUUGUACCUGGUAAGAACCGAAAACUGCAAACUGUAUAGAGUUGUGAUGAAUAUUAGAUGUAUUCCUGCAAUCUGCAUAUAAACUUGUACAUUCU